AUGCGUAUGGGCCUAUACGUGUCUAUAGGUGAGUAUGUGAGCGCCUAUAGGCCUACACAUGUCUAUAGGCACACCUUCAGGGGGGUGGACAUAUACACGUGUGAGGCCCGCACCGCCUAUCGCCGGAUCCUUUCCGAAUCGGCGAGGAAGCUCAAUGCCCAAGGCUCCCAGUUGGGCAACUGCAUCGAGAAAGCUCGACCCUACUACGAAGCCCGGCGCCUCGCCAAGGAGGCUCAGCAGGAGACGCAGAAGGCGGCCUUGAGGUACGAGCGAGCCGUCAGCAUGCACAACGCCGCUCGCGAGAUGGUCUUCGUGGCAGAGCAGGGGGUCAUGGCUGACAAGAACCGCUUGGAUCCCACCUGGCAGGAGAUGCUCAACCACGCUACCUGCAAAGUCAACGAGGCGGAGGAGGAGCGGCUGCGGAGCGAGCGGGAGCACCAGCGCGUCACCCAGCUGUGUCAGCAAGCCGAGGCCAAGGUCCAGGCCCUCCAGAAGUCCCUCAAGCGCGUCAUCGUUAAGAGCAAGCCUUACUUUGAGCUGAAAGCCCAGUUCAACCAGAUCCUUGAGGAGCACAAGGCCAAGGUGACGGUGCUGGAGCGGGGUGACAGGAGGAGGGACACUUUGGGGGCCGAGUGCCCCCCGGCCGACACGCUUUCGGUGCUCAGCCUUCAAACCAUCGCCUCCGACCUGCAGAAGUUCGACUCGGUCGAACAUUUAUUGGGCUUGUCGGACGCUACCAGCCUCAACAGCGACGAGCUGGAGGAACGGGAGCAACGCCGGGGCGGGCAGGGGCACUUCAAACAUCACCGAAGCAUCAGCCUUUAGCCCCCCACCCCCCGUAGUGCUUCUCCCCUCCCUGGGGCACCCCCAAAACGACGGCGCGGGGGGCGGUGGGUG